AUGGGGUGCGUGUGGUCGAGUGCGGAUCUGGUUGGUGGAGGUUACCGUAUCAAGAUUGUGAGACAGAUAGCGGAAGGUGGAUUUAGUCAGGUCCUACUCUGCACGGACAUUGACACCAACGAGAAUUUCGCAGUCAAGAAAAUAGGCAAGCAAUCACGUGAGAGUGUGGAACGGAUCGAGUUGGAG